AGCAAAUCGAUUGAUCUAGUUUUCUCUGAGAAUAUUGAUUAUUCUUGGCAUCUCCGUCCUUCUAUGAUCGUAUAUUGGUAGGUUUCAUUUUACGACCUGUGGACGCACUGUGUUGAAAGUAUUUGUAAACAUAUUUUCUUGAAACUUCAAGAAAAAGCCUCAAGAACAUAUCAUAUGUAGUUGUUUUGACUAAUCGCAAAAAUGCGAUUAAUUCCUGUUCGGAAAAGAAUCAGGUCACCAAAAGAAAUGCAAAAAGCAUCUGAGGAGCUCACCAACCAUAAAAAAGUGGACCCAACAAUAGCAGGUCCAUCAGGUUCCACCAAUCGUUUAAACUACCAGCGCCAAUUCCUAAGAACAAAAUUCAAAGAAGAGAGGAAGGCACCCUACAUGCGGAGUGGGAAAAUACGCUCAACAAAACGGUACCGGGAGGAGAAGAGCAGUUUUCAGAAGAACAACAGCCAGGACAGACCUCACAAGAAGGAACACUGGCGAGCCAACUCACGUUAUCACCAUCAAAAACAAUAA